GAAUCCUCAUCACCUAAAAUAUAUUUUGUCUUGACCAAUGUUGUAGUAAAAUUGUACGAAACUUAGAAGAAGUAAAUUCACAACCAGAGCAACUCUUCUCUUGCCAGAUCUUUAACACAACAAUGGGAGGAGGUUCUUAUUUCCAGAACGAGUUUACCUUUGAACAAAGGCUUGAAGAAUCGCGUGAUAUUAUUGCCAAAUACCCCGAUCGAAUCCCCGUGAUUGUAGAAAAGUAUACCAAAUGCGAUCUGCCUCAUUUGGAGAAGAAAAAAUAUCUUGUUCCAAGAGACUUGUCAGUUGGACAUUUCAUUCAUAUUUUGAGUUCUAGACUUAAUUUACCAGCUGGAAAAGCUCUCUUUGUAUUUGUCAAGAAUACUUUACCUCAAACUGCUAGUAUGAUGGACUCUGUUUAUAGAUCAUUCAAGGAUGAGGAUGGAUUUCUUUACCUGUAUUAUAGCACUGAGAAAACAUUCGGAUACUGUACAUAAUGUCAAACUAUUCAAUAAACUCUCUACACUUGUGAAGUACUACUACUACUACUACCUUCUUAUAUCAGAAACCUUGUAAAUAUUUGUUGUAUUGUUGUAUGGUUUCACCAAUUAUUGCAUUCUUAUUUAUCUUUCAAAUGCUAUGUAUAACAUUGAACCAUUUGGGCUAUUAUGGAUUUGAGAAUGCAUGAUGUAUAGGAAACUGCUCUUACUUAUAGUGUGCAAGAUAUAAUUGCUAUAUCGUUAUUGAUUAA